AUGGAAGCGACGAGGAACCCGAUGGCGCAGACUGACUUUGUCGGCCUGGCGGCGCUCUCAGCCGGCCUCGCGAGGUCCCUGGCCGAGGAGAACGCUGAAAACAACCUGGUGUUCUCGCCGCUGUCCAUCUACGCCGCGCUCGCGCUCCUAGGCGCCGGCGCUCGGGGAGCCACCCUGGACGAGAUCCUCCGCGUCGUCGGCGCCCGAUCACGCGGCCAGCUCGAGGAGAUCGUCGCCCGUGUGACGGGGGACGCGCUCAAGGACCAAUCCGACUCCGGCGGUCCGUGCGUCGCGUUCGCGUGCGGCAUCUGGAGCGAGCUCACGCGCCCUCUGAAGCCAGCCUUCCGGGAGGCCGUCCUGGGCACCUACAAGGCCGAGGCUAGCACCGUCGACUUCAUCAAUGAUCCGGAGGCAGCACGGGGCCAGAUCAAUGCGUGGGUCGCACAAGCCACGAGCAAUCUGAUCGGAUCCGUCUUCGGUCCGCGAUCAAUCACCCCGCUCACCCGCGUCGUGCUCGGCAACGCCAUAUACUUCAAGGGCAAGUGGGAAAGGCCCUUCGACAAGAAGCGCACAACCAACAAGCUUUUCUACCGCCUGGACGGCGGCACCGUCGACGAUGUGCCCUUCAUGAAGAGCCGGUCGUCCCAGUUCAUCGCGGUGCACGACGGAUUCAAGGUGCUGAAACUCCGGUACCAGAUGGCACAAGCGCAAGGCUAUGCGAAGGAGUCCUCUGAUCGUAACAAGCGCACCAAGGUGUCCUCUGUCAAGCCUACACAGUUCUCUAUGUGCAUCUUCCUCCCUGAUGCCCGCGACGGCUUGCCGAUCCUGGUUGACAUGAUAGCAUCCCAGCCCGACUUCCUGCACGAGCACCUGCCGAAGAAGGAGGUCGAAGUCGACGAGUUCCGGGUCCCAAAGUUUAAGUUGUCCUUCGAAAACAGCGUCGUCACCAUUCUAAAAAAGCUGGGGCUUCAGUUGCCAUUCAGUGACCAAGCCGACCUGUCUGACAUGGUAGAGCCUGAUGAAUCCGGCUUGCCAUUGGUCCUGAGUGAUGUCUUUCAUAAGGCAAUUAUCGAGGUAAACGAGGAAGGCACCCAAGCUGCGGCUGUCACCAUGAUGAGCAUAAGGAUAGGAUGUUCGAUGAGACCACGGCCGCCACCUCCCCAAGUAGAUUUUGUCGCUGACCAUCCGUUUGCCUACUUCAUAGUGGAGGAGACGACCGGUGCAGUUGUGUUUGCAGGGCAUGUCCUCGACCCAUCUAGAGAGAACUAG